AUGUUAGAUAGGAUAGCCUCUUUCCUUUAUUCCUGUGCUUGGUGGCUGGCUAUUCUGAUCAUUCUUGUUGUAGUCUGUCUAUAUCUUUUCCAAAACAAGCUCAUCUAUCAACCAACUCCUAUGGGGCUAAAUCUUCCUCCAACCCCUGACUUAAAUCCUCAAGGGUACCGAAAUCCAUCUGAGCGAGGAAUUGCUUAUGAGGAAUUCUACUUACUCCUCCACCUUAAUUAGCAAGCAAAACCAUUAGAAAGACCCUAUUCUUAGAAAAUUAAUCCCCUCCUCAAACUUAGAAAAAUGAUUUUAAUAUAAAGAUUUUUAUGCAAAUAAGUAUGCAUAAUAAUUAUUAUAAUAAAAUUUCAUACUAUUAAUUUAAGAUAAUUUGAUAUUAAAUUAGAUUUUCUAUUUCAAAUAUUUUACAAUUUUUUAAAUUUUUUUUAAUAUAUAUAAAUUAAAAAAAUAACUCAUUACUAAUCAAUGGUGGAAUUAACUACUUCUGAUAACGUGAAAAUUCAUACAUGAUUAAUGACUACUAGCAAAGGUUCAAGCUCUCCAACAUUUAUAUAAUAAAGCCCUAUAAAUUAAUUGAUAAUAAUAUAACUCUUUUUCCUCUUGGAAAAUAUAAACCUAAAGCCUAUAUUUUAUCAUGAGAAUGCAGGGAAUUUUGCGUUGAGGAUGGACAGCUUUGAAAGCUUCGUCAAAGAGCUGGGAGUAAAUGUUUUUGCAGUUUCCUACAGAGGGUAUGGAUUCUCACAAGGAGCUCCAAGUGAGCAAGGGAUUUAUAGAGACGCUGACAGAGUAAUGAGAUUUAUUUUUGAGGAAGCCCCAAUUGAUAGAAGCAAAGUCUUUUUAUUUGGAAGAUCACUUGGUGGAGCCACUUCAAUCUACUCAGCUUGGAAGUUCCAGGAAUUCCCAAUAAGAGGCUUGAUUAUCGAAAAUACUUUUACAUCAUUAGACGACGUUGUGGACAAUGUAAUGCCUUAUAUUUCCCAUUUCAAGUCACUUUUACUCAAAAACCAUUGGCCAAGUGCAGAAAGAAUUAAGACUCUUACUGUGCCAAUUUUAUUCAUUUCAGGGCUACAAGAUGAACUGAUCCCUUGUGAGCAGAUGAAGAGGCUUCAUGAUUUAGCGAUUAACUCAAGAUCUAAAACCUUUGUAAGAAUUAUUUAGUAUGCAGUUGAGAAUGGUGAUCACAAUUCAACGUGGAGAAUAGCAGGUGAGGCCUACAUUCCUAAGCUCAAAGAAUUCGUAGAAAAGUGUUUAGCUAUCAGAGAUUAA